UUUGCUGCUAAAAUGUCUUCAUCCAUCCGAUCGUUAUUGAAAAUCUCUGAAUCCCUUCCCUCCGUAAACUGUUGACCUAGUAAGAACUGAAAUCGAGGAAAUUAUAUAGAUUUAACGUCAAUUUAUUCUGUUGAGAAACCCAUCGAAAACAAAACACAUGUUUCGUCUGAUUGUUGAACACAGUUUGAAUCUGUGUUAAUUAAGUCCAUGAAAUAUCUAACCAUCUUGUGUUCUGUUAUGUGGUAGACAUUGUGAGCAAAAGUUAGAUCAUGUGGGUGACGAUUAUGAGUACCCCCCUACUUGAGGGGGGUACUUAGUACUUAGUACUUAUUACUUACGAGUGAUAUUACUUCAAAAGAAUUUCAUUGCCAUUGAUCCAUUUGAUGGGUUUCGUUUUGGUACAAUGAAGAUUUCCCAAUAAUUUUUUACAGUUGUAGGUGGUGUGGAAUUGAAUUUACUAUUGAGCACAGCUGAGCCAGGAAGCCAGAAAGUAUCUUUAAAAAACAGCUCUAAAGCUUGUCAUGGGGCCGGGGGGAUUUCUGUACUUUCAGGAUAUUCCCCAGAAUCAAACCAUUGUUACAAAAAUAGCUUUCUGUUACAAACACGUGUUGUGGUAGAGUGCAUUGACUGUGACAUCAGCAUCCGUAUCGAUGUACGCAGCAGCAGCAUACAACUAUAGAACGUAAUUACUCGCCUCAGUGAUGGUGGGCAUAGGACUAGAUGUGACUGACUAAAUGUGACUAUUCCAAUGCGCCAUCUGCAGUAUAUAGGUGGAUUGAACCUGAUCAUUCGACAAUUCAAAUGGCUUUCUCAGCCUAGUAAAACAAAUUCUAUAAAUAGAGUCGAUUCGUAGGCUGAUUGCGUUAGCAUACACACCGAUGUCCGUUGAACUGAAAUGUAAUUAGAAACUUUUAUGUUAUAGUCCUAUUUAUAUGUUUGUACAGGAAUAGCAUAACACGACAAUAAUUAACUAAAAAACGGCCACAAGGCUAUUUUUAACAUAGCGCAAACGUGUACGGAUAUAAUUCAGUAUUCCCACGCCGUUCCAACAUGAAAUAAUCGCCAUUUCAAUUAUGCCGUAUAAAUGCUAGGAUUUCUAGUUCACUUUUUUAGUUCCAAACAGUACGUCGUCUCCUUUGGACAUUCAGCUGAUCAAGUCUUGGGCUUUACUGCUACCUAUUUCUUUGCUAUUGCCAUUCAGAAAUAUUUCGUUUUGAAUAGUUCCACUUUUACAAGAAUGUCGAGAAAUUAUUUCGUAUUGUUAGCGAUGUCAAUUCUUUCGCUUCGUUACUGUGAGACGAAAAACGUUGUUUUCGGUUCCAACGAUGGAAGCCAUUCGGAUGAAGCGGAUCAUUUUACCGGGGGAAAACUUUUAAAAAAGCCUCGGUAUCCAUGGACCAUCAAAGACUCCGCUGAUCUGAUUGGAAGACCCCAAUUGAACUUUGAUGAUGAUCUUGUUACCAUUGAUGAACGACAGAGUAAUGGAUUUAACGGCUCAUUGAAAGGCGACGAAGCCAUCAACCGUAACAGAAGUUGUGCUGUUGCCAGCAGCGUGCCAUGCAGUUGCGUCAGUGAGACAGGCGCAUGCACGUGUACUAACAUCGCUUGCGCUUGCAUCAUCGCCCCCUGUACCAUUAACUAUUUUACUGGUGGUAGCACUUUUAACAGCACCCGUGCUUCCAGCUCUAGCGGUUCCAGCUCCAGCGAUGGAAGCAGCAGUAGCGGAAGCACCAGCGAUGUCAGUAGUACUAGCAGUACUAGCAGUAGCAGCCUAUCAGUCUCCACCGUCUGUACCGGAAUAUACGCAGACCCUCCAUGCACCUGCUACGUCAAAACAUGCGUUAAUAGUAAUCCGUGUAGUAACACUACCCGUCGCAAUACCGUUGCACCCUGUCCACCAUAAGUUUAAACUUAUACCAGCAUCAUUAAGAACUACUAAGAUCCUGUAAGAAAUAAACAAAAUUUAACCUAGAACCUAAAGAAUAAAACAAGUAAUAAUAACUAUAAU